AUGUUGAGAAAUUAUGUGCACCCAAAAUCAAUCUCUAAACCUAAUAUAAGAUCAUGUAUUUACUCUCUUUACCUUACGAGAGGAAGUGCGAGUGGAGGGAGGGAAGAAGGGAGAGCUCCUUCCACGGCGGAGGAGUUCACGAGACAAGGUGUUGCUAGCCAGACGGUGGAGAAGGCUUACGACGGAGCUACGGCGGCGACCAACGUCUCCGGUGAUUCUGAGGCAGAGAUAGAGAAAGUGAAAGAGGAGUUCGAAGAGAAAGAUCAAGAGACUAGUAGAGACUAUCAUAAAAAGGAAAAUGAUGAUGGUGGUUUACCUAUCAACACUGUUAAAGGAACGUGA